UCCUCCCCGGUUUCAGACCAAAAUAGACAGUUGGGGGCUGAGCAGCUGAUAUUUACCAGAAAUGGCUGCGACCGGAGUUCUUCCCUUUAUACGAGGGGUAGACCUCAGUGGAAACGACUUCAAAGGUGGGAACUUCCCAGAGCAUGUCAAAUGUAUGAGCAGCCUGCGAUGGCUGAAGCUCAACAGGACAGGACUGUGUUACCUCCCAGAGGAGCUGGCCUCUCUGCAGAAGCUGGAGCAUAUUUCAGUGAGUCACAACAGCCUGUCCACCUUAUAUGGGGAACUGCGCAACUUACCGAACCUACGGGCACUGGUAGCCAGAGCCAACAACCUGAAGAACUCUGGAGUCCCUGAUGACAUUUUUCAGCUUGACGACCUUUCUGUGCUGGACCUGAGCUACAAUCAGCUGACAGAGAUCCCCAGGGACCUGGAGAACAGCCGGAACAUGUUGGUGCUGAAUCUGAGCCACAACAGCAUUGAUUCCAUCCCCAACCAGCUGUUUAUCAAUCUGACAGACCUGCUGUAUCUGGACCUAAGCGACAACAAGCUUGACAGCUUGCCACCCCAGAUGAGACGCCUUGUGCACCUGCAGACUCUGAUUCUCAACAAUAACCCGCUGAUGCAUGCUCAGUUGCGACAGCUGCCAGCCAUGGUGGCACUAACGACUCUCCACCUGAGGAACACCCAGAGGACCCAGAGCAACAUGCCCACUAGCCUAGAGGGACUCUCACAUUUAGCAGAUGUUGAUCUUUCAUGCAACGACCUGACUCGGGUGCCAGAGUGUCUCUACUCACUGGGCAGUUUGAAGAGACUCAACCUUAGCAGUAAUCAGAUCACCGAACUCUCCCUCUGCAUUGACCAGUGGACCCAGCUCGAGACGCUCAACCUGAGCCGCAAUCAGCUGACUUCACUGCCUUCUGCCAUCUGUAAACUGUCGAAACUGAAGAAACUGUAUGUGAAUUCCAACAAACUGGACUUUGAUGGAGUUCCACCCGGAGUAGGCAAACUGUCCAACCUCAUGGAGUUCAUGGCCGCUAACAACAACCUGGAACUCAUCCCUGAAGGACUCUGCAGAUGUGGAAAGCUGAAAAAGUUAGUGCUGAAUAAAAACCGCCUGGUGACGCUGCCUGAGGCCAUUCAUUUCCUGACAGAUUUGGAGGUUCUUGAUGUGCGUGAGAACCCAAACCUGGUCAUGCCUCCUAAGCCAGUUGACAGAGCUGCAGAGUGGUACAACAUCGACUUCUCUCUGCAGAACCAGCUCCGGCUGGCCGGGGCCUCACCCGCCACUGUAGCUGCUGCUGGAGGAGGAGCUAGCCCACGAGAUCACCUGGCGAGAAAGAUGAGGCUGAGGAGGCGGAAGGACUGUACUCAGGAUGAUCAGGCAAAGCAGGUGCUGAAGGGCAUGAGUGAUGUUGCACAGGAAAAAAAGAACAUGGAGGAGAAUGGGGAUUUGAAAUAUGGAGAUUUAAAAAUCCGAAAGUGGGACAAGAGUCUAGAGCCUCAACUUGACUACUCUGAGUUCUUUUUGGAGGACGCGGGCAGGUAACCCACCUUUGUUGCAGGUGUAACAGUGUGGCAGAUCGAAAACUUCAUUCCCAUGCAGGUGGAUGAAACCUUCCAUGGCAAGUUCUAUGAGGCUGACUGCUACAUCGUUCUCAAGACCUUUCUGGAUGAUAACGGCGCUCUGAACUGGCAGAUCUAUUACUGGAUUGGUCAGGAGGCCACGCUGGACAAGAAGGCUGGCUCUGCCAUUCACGCCGUCAACCUGAGGAACUUCCUUGGAGCAGAGUGUCGGACAAUACGGGAAGAGAUGGGCGAUGAGAGCGAGGAGUUCAGUGCUGUUUUCAACAAUGAAAUCUCGUACAUUGAGGGAGGAACAGCCAGUGGGUUUUACACAGUGGAGGACACACACUAUUCUGUCAGGUUGUAUAGAGUUUAUGGCAAAAAAAACAUCAGACUGGAGUCUGUACCGGCGAAGGCCUGCUCCCUCGACCCUCGCUACGUCUUCUUGUUGGACACAGGACUGGAAAUCUUUGUCUGGAGAGGGGCCAACGCUACGCUCAGCGGCACCACAAAGGCUCGGUUAUUUGCAGAAAAGAUUAAUAAGAAUGAACGUAAGGGGAAGGCUGAGAUUACAACCCUCAUGCAGAACCAGGAGCCUCCAGAAUUCUGGGAGGUACUGGGAGGACAACCGGAGGAGAUCAAGAAGCAUGUACCAGAUGACUUCUCCCCCAUCAGACCUAAACUGUACAAGGUGGGCUUGGGCCUGGGCUACCUGGAGCUGCCUCAAAUCAACUACAAGCUGUCCGUGGAGCACAAAGACCAUAAGGUCAAACUGGACACUUUGCCAGAGCUCAGACUGCUGCAGUCUCUGCUGGACACAAAGGGUGUGUACGUCCUGGACUGUUGGUCUGACGUCUUCAUCUGGAUUGGGAGGAAGUCUCCGCGUCUUGUCAGAGCCGCUGCCUUAAAACUGGGCCAGGAGAUCUGCUCCAUGCUGCACCGGCCCAAACACGCAUGCGUGACCCGCAACCUGGAGGGCACAGAGUGCCAGGUGUUUAAGUCCAAGUUUAAGAACUGGGAUGACGUGUUGAAGGUGGACUACACCAGAGCAGCUGAGACUGUACAGCAGACCGACAGUCUACAGGGCAAGGUCAAGAAGGACGCAGAGCAAAAGGACCAGAUGAAAGCUGACCUCACAGCUCUGUUUCUGGCCAGGCAGCCAGCCAUGCCGCUCACCGAGGCUGAGCAGCUGAUGGAGGAGUGGAAUGAGGACCUGGAUGGUAUGGAAGGAUUCGUGCUGGAGGGAAAGAAGUUCGCUCGUCUGCCAGAGGAGGAGUUUGGCCACUUCUUCACACAGGACUGCUAUGUUUUCCUCUGCAGAUACUGGGAGCCUGUUGAAUAUGAGGAUGAGGAGGACAAGGUGAAGGAGAAGAAGCAAGGCAACGGUGGUCAUCCUCCAGGAGACGAGGACGAGGAGGACAAACAGCCAGAGGAGGACUUCCAGUGUGUGGUGUACUUCUGGCAGGGCAGGCAGGCCUCCAACAUGGGCUGGCUCACCUUCACCUUCUCCCUGCAGAAGAAGUUUGAAAGUCUCUUUCCCGGAAAACUGAAGGUGGUGCGUAUGACCCAGCAGCAGGAGAACCUCAAGUUCCUGUCUCAUUUCAAGAGGAAGUUCAUCAUUCAUAAAGGGAAGAGGAAACAGAACACAGACUCUGCCCAGCCCUCGCUCUACCAUAUACGCACCAACGGCAGCGCGCUCUGCACCAGGACCAUCCAGAUUGGAACAGACUCGAGCAACCUCAACUCAGAGUUCUGCUUCAUACUCAAGGUACCAUUCGAGAGCACAGACAAUCAGGGCAUUGUUUACACCUGGGUGGGCAGAGCUGCUGACCCGGACGAAGCCAAACUGGCCGAGGACGUCAUGAAUAGUAUGUUUGAUGACACGUACAGCAAACAGGUGAUUAAUGAAGGGGAGGAGCCAGAGAACUUUUUCUGGGUGGGGAUCGGAUCUCAGAAGCCGUACGAUGAAGACGCAGACUACAUGAAACACGCUCGCCUCUUCAGAUGUUCGAAUGAGAAGGGUUAUUUCUCUGUGUCAGAGAAGUGCUCAGACUUCUGUCAGGACGACUUGGCUGAUGAUGACAUCAUGUUGCUGGACAAUGGAAAAGAGGUAUACAUGUGGGUCGGGACUCAGACCAGCCAGGUGGAGAUCAAGCUUAGUCUCAAAGCCUGCCAGGUGUACAUUCAGCACAUGCGCUCAAAGGAAGCAGAGCAGCCUCGGAAGCUGCGGCUGGUGCGGAAGGGAAACGAGCCCCACUGCUUCACACGCUGCUUCCACGCAUGGGGAGACUUUAAAACUCUCCCCCUCAUAGACAAACACUUUACAAAUCACCAAUUUAUAUGCAAAUCAAUGAGACGAUUAUGUCUAUGCGUAACCCAGCCUUACAUGAGCUCUGGCCCUCCUUCCUGCUCAGCACAGACAAGUCAGCUUACAAAGAGAAAUCUGGACACAUCUUAGAUUAGGUCACAUUUCUGCCUUUGGAUCAAAGAGUAAAAUGUCACCUUAUGUCCAAGCCUUUUUUUUUUCCUUUUGUUGAAUGAAAUAUGCUUUGAAAUGAAAUAAUUCUGAGUCGUAUCAUGGCUUUAAAGAUAUCCAAAGGGAGCUCAGACCCUGACAUAUCCAUGAGUUUGGCUGCUUGUGUUGUAGUUUUCUGUGGUGGAGAACUACGACUACACUUCUCCGCGUUUAGUGCCAUUUUGCGCAGCUCACUUGAAGCAGUUGAAAGCAGACAUUACACUUUGUUUUCUAUUGUUGGGGGAUUCAAAUAAGUGGCACUAAUAGAUUUUCUGAGGAAUGUUAGUUCAUAUAUUUUUCGGUUGUGGACUCGACGCUGUGUUUUUACCCCCUUUCGCUUUUCUCUCCUUUGAAAAUCUCUCCUUUCCUUACAGUCUGUUCAGCGUCUGCUCUCAUUUCUCCCACGUGUCCACUGAUCAGACCGUUGAAAGACAAGUCAUUCAUGUCAAGUUGCUUUAAAUUGAAAUUUUGUUUUGUUUGAUUAUUUAGUCAAAUUUAUUUGGCCAGAAAGAUUUGAGAUGAUCUGGGACGUUGAAGCGUGAGACAGAUGCUUGUUUAUAGUUUAAAGGGCGAAGGUUUAAAUGUGCAAUCAGUAGAGUCCAGGAGAUACAGAGACCACACUGGUCCGCUGUUACAGCCCGUCAAAAUGUCUUGUGUUGUUUUUUUGUUUGUAUCUUCUUGGAGCUUCUAAGUUCUUCUUUUUUGCAUAAUCAUUUUUGAAAAAGCAAAUGCAUGUUUAAUUUUCAGAACUAAUUAUUUUAAAGGUGGAGUUAGAUGUCGUUCUUAACAUGUUUUCUUUUUCAAAUGUGUUUAUUUUGGAAGAAGACUCUUAUCGGCCCGAUUUAAUGGGAAAGAAAGCUUGUGCAGCACAGAGACAUAUUUUAAUAUACAUUGACUUCUGCUUUCACUGAUCUCAGAUCAGUGGUGAGCUGAACAAUGCCUGCUUGCACUGGUCUGAGCACGAUAUCUGUGUUCCCUGAUGGCUGCAACCUCUGCAUUGUGUUUCUCUUUUCUGUCUUUGGGGGAACUCGUAUGGCUGUUGGUGACUUGCAAUCGUACACGUGUUUGUGUAUAUGAAUAUGUGCACAUGCUCAAGAUGUCACCUGCAGAUGCUUUAUUUAUGUAUUUUAUAUAAAUAAAACCUCACUUUCAGCUUUGUUUCCUCUCUGGUGAUUCAAAUUGUAGCUAGUAUGUAAAAAAAUCUAUGUAAAAAAAGUACAGUAGAGUCCAGAGAAUCUGCCAGGUGCGUUUAGUCUGAUUACUUGAGGUGGAUGCCUAGUGUUUCCUGAUGUCUCUUCGUUUAGCAGAACAGAGAUCAUCACAGAAAUGAGCCUUAAAGCUUCAGCUGCAUAAAGUGAAGGUUAAUAUUUCACAAAUAUUAAUGUAAAUUAACAAUAAUACAAUUAAACAAUUUACUAAGUUAAACAACUAAUGUGAUGUAUUCCUACUAAUGUGAGUAACACUGAUGUCAUUAACAGGUGUGACAGAACUGGUUGUGACUCAACGCUUGAUUAAUCAGAUUAUAAACCUUUCUGGUUUAUUUUAGCUGGUUCUGUUCUAAUUAAGUGAUUUCAUCCUUUCCCUUACUUUUCUGUCGAUCAAUUCCUAGAUAGUGGAUAUUUCUUCAUCCCAUUGAAGUCUUAGUCGUGCUUUUUGCUGAUCUGGCGUUUCUGAUUUCCUGUGUGUUCAGCUAUGUUACAAGCUUUGUCUGCUGGAUUCUUUGCUGAACCUUCUGUGGCACGGCUGAAUUUUCAGUGUGGGAAUUUGCUCAGAAUGCUGCUUAAAGUGCUUUCUCUAGUUUGGCUCUUUCUUGACCAAAAUCACUGCUUUGUGUUUGCAGCUUUGUUAUCUUUGGCUGCUGUUUCACGUAGCUCAGCUGCUACUUGGCCCAGUGUGAAGCAUAAGUCACUGCUUUAAGACUUGAUGUGGAAAUCAACACCCUAAUGAGCAGAAACGAAACAUCUUGUAGAGUAAAUAAUUUUAUUAUUAACAUUCACAAUUCCUCAUCAGCUGAGAUGCUAAAUGACCAAUCCUACAUACAAACUGAAUGCCAAAGCAGAAACUAAUCCAUCGUAAACUUCGAAAUAAGGUUAAUCGAGCCAGCUGUAGCAUGAAAGGGUUAAUUUUCUGUGAAAAGGUUUUUGACUUAUAAUUGUUCACUUACAUUAGUUAGUAAUGAGGUCCCUUUUGUACUUAUUUCAUUUUUAGAGGAGGUGAUGGAGUUAGAACCUGUAGCCUAAAGCCUCUUAGUAACUAACAUUUUACUCUAUCGCCAGCGUCCAGUCAAACCUGUCUGCUGUAAUCCUAGAUAGAUCAUGUAAAUAUAUUGUUUUUACACAGUAAAACCUUUUAAAAAUGUGUUAAAAUACUGGUGGUUGCAGCCCUGUGUGUAGCCUAUAUUACUUCCAUUGCACCAAUUUGCAGAAACCAAAAGCAGAAAUCACAGUUACACGUAGCAUUAAGACUGACUUUGCUUCUCCUGCUUCACUUCCCUGAGUCCCAUCAAAAACAACGAAAUGCUCACACAGGAUUUUACCAUGUUCUUUACUGUCAUCCUCUCAAUGUCUUUACUUUCCAAACUAGAGCAAGAAGUCUGGUUAAAAAAUUGAAACUUUCUUCUAAAACUCUAAUCACAGCGUGUUACUGUUACUUAAGGCCAAACCACAGCGGAUGACGAGUAAGAGCGCAGGAAGACUGAAAAGCAGCCAGAUGAACCACCACAGAAAUCACUGAAUGCCCCGUACCGUUACACCUCCAUGUGAUCCUGCUGUGACAGCUCGAUCCGUCCACGAGAUAAAGAGAACGUAUAACAUUCAAGUCAACAAAUAAAAAUGUCUUCACCGACGAAAUCACGAGUUUAAAAAAAUAGGUUGGAA